CGCCCCCGCUGCUAGAUCCGCUGCUGCUGCCGCGGCGGGCGAACCUGCAGGAGGCGGCGGCAGCGGCGGCGGCCGAGGCCGAGAGGAAGAUGGCGGACGGUGUGGACCACAUAGACAUUUACGCGGAUGUGGGCGAAGAAUUCAACCAGGAAGCGGAAUAUGGUGGGCAUGAUCAGAUAGAUUUAUAUGAUGAUGUCAUCUCUCCAUCUGCAAAUAAUGGAGAUGCCCCAGAAGACCGGGAUUACAUGGAUACUCUCCCUCCAACUGUUGGUGAUGAUGUUGGCAAAGGAGCAGCACCAAAUGUUGUCUAUACCUAUACUGGAAAGAGAAUUGCAUUAUAUAUUGGAAAUCUAACAUGGUGGACAACAGAUGAAGACUUAACGGAAGCAGUUCAUUCUUUGGGAGUAAAUGAUAUUUUGGAGAUAAAAUUUUUUGAAAAUCGAGCAAAUGGCCAAUCGAAGGGAUUUGCCCUCGUUGGUGUUGGAUCUGAGGCAUCUUCAAAAAAGUUAAUGGAUCUGUUGCCUAAGAGAGAACUUCAUGGUCAGAAUCCUGUUGUAACUCCCUGCAAUAAACAAUUCCUGAGUCAGUUUGAAAUGCAGUCCAGGAAAACUACACAAUCGGGACAGAUGUCUGGGGAAGGUAAAGCUGGUCCUCCAGGAGGCAGUUCACGAGCAGCAUUUCCACAAGGUGGUAGAGGACGGGGCCGUUUUCCAGGGGCUGUUCCUGGUGGGGACAGAUUUCCUGGGCCAGCAGGACCAGGAGGGCCACCCCCACCUUUUCCAGGAAAUUUGAUCAAGCAUCUUGUUAAAGGAACUCGGCCUUUGUUCCUGGAAACUAGGAUUCCAUGGCAUAUGGGGCACAGCAUAGAGGAAAUACCCAUUUUUGGCCUAAAAGCUGGACAGACUCCACCACGUCCGCCCUUAGGUCCUCCAGGCCCACCUGGCCCACCUGGCCCUCCACCUCCUGGUCAGGUUCUGCCUCCUCCUCUAGCUGGGCCUCCUAAUCGAGGAGAUCGCCCUCCACCACCAGUUCUUUUUCCUGGACAACCUUUUGGUCAGCCUCCAUUGGGUCCACUUCCUCCUGGGCCUCCACCUCCAGUUCCAGGUUAUGGCCCCCCUCCUGGGCCACCACCUCCACAACAGGGACCACCUCCACCUCCAGGCCCCUUUCCACCUCGCCCACCUGGUCCACUUGGGCCACCCCUUACACUUGCUCCUCCUCCGCAUCUUCCGGGACCACCUCCAGGUGCCCCGCCGCCAGCUCCACAUGUGAAUCCGGCUUUCUUUCCUCCACCAACUAACAGUGGCAUGCCUACAUCUGAUAGUAGAGGUCCACCACCAACAGACCCAUAUGGCCGACCUCCACCAUAUGAUAGGGGUGAUUAUGGCCCUCCUGGAAGGGAAAUGGAUACUGCAAGAACACCAUUGAGUGAAGCUGAGUUUGAAGAAAUCAUGAAUAGAAAUAGGGCAAUCUCAAGCAGUGCUAUUUCAAGAGCUGUGUCUGAUGCCAGUGCUGGUGAUUAUGGGAGUGCUAUUGAGACAUUGGUAACUGCAAUUUCCUUAAUUAAACAAUCCAAAGUAUCUGCGGAUGAUCGUUGCAAAGUUCUUAUUAGCUCUUUGCAAGAUUGCCUUCAUGGAAUUGAAUCCAAGUCAUAUGGUUCUGGAUCAAGAAGACGUGAACGAUCAAGAGAGAGGGACCAUAGUAGAUCACGAGAAAAGAGUCGGCGUCAUAAAUCCCGUAGUAGAGAUCGCCAUGAUGAUUAUUAUAGAGAGAGAAGCAGAGAACGAGAGAGACACCGGGAUCGUGACCGAGACCGAGACCGAGAACGUGACCGAGAGCGAGAGUAUCGUCAUCGUUAGAAGGUGGGUAUUCCUUGUUCCCGUUAUAUUUAGCAUGUGCAUUAUUAACAGUCAUUAUAACUCCAAGGCUGUUGUUUAUACAGUAUAUAUCUACAUAUAAAUGGUCCAAGUACUUGUUCUGAAUUUAAAAUUCUGGAAACAUCUGAGAAAACAGGUAAGUGAUCACAGGUAAAAAUUUUGACUUUUGUCCUUGAAUGUUGUAUUAAUUGUUUUUAGAUUUCAGAUCACUAAUGGUAUUAAAGCAAGAAAAAUAAUCAAGAGGACUCAUUGUGUACUUCUAAAAUCUAAAAAUCGGAAUUUUUGUAAUCACAUACAUAGUUUGCAUGUGAUUUAAAGUAUUAAAAAUAUCAGGGAGUCAUUUCAGAUAUAAAUAUUAUGUGCUUGGAUUUUAAAAAAUAAGAUUUCUGUACUUCCUUGAACUAACUUCAUUUGUCCCUAAAACUUUUGAAGAAAAUCUAACACUAUAAUAAUUUAUAAAAGGAUGUUUUCUCGUCAUGGAAAGAGCUUUUUUCUUUAGUAUUUUUUUUUAAAGACACUUUUUCUGGCAUCUGGUUUUUGUUUUUAAAAGAAAAACAUUAUCCUUUAAUUUGCAAAGAAGAUGAAAAAGUUAUUUAAUUAAAAUGGGGUUCAGGGUACAUACACCAAAAUUUUUAAUUGUGUCAUGCCAUACAUCCCAGGUUAGAAUAAUCUUAUAAUAAUUUCCUUUGAUGUUUCAUUCAUAAACCAUAAUCAUUGUCUUUUUUUUCUGUAUUUUAAACUAUUUCUUGUACAUUUUUCAUAAAGUGAGAAUUGUCUGUUUAUGCUUCAUUUUCACAUGUAAUUUUAUUUUUAUAUUUGUGAAUAGCAUUUUAUCCAUGUGAAGAGUGUGGGGAGGUCACUAUAAGUCUUGUGCUUAAGACACGAAGGUUAUUCUGUAAACAAGAUAUUUUUUCUUCAUAUGUUGGUGGCAUAUACAAAUUAAAUUAGGCUUAAAACAAACCCCUUAUAAGUAAAUAAGUGCAAUUCAUGGGAAACUUACUGAAAAUUCAGCAAUGGUAAUAGUUAGUAUUUAAAUUGUAAUAGGCAUAUAUCAGAGAUUUUAUCAAGUGUAUGUAAUUCUGUAACAAGAGAAAUUUCUUUAACCAUAACACAUAUAUUAGCAAACAAAAUCAUUUUUGAAUAAUACUUAUAGGAAAUAAGUAUUUAAAACAUUUUUAUGGAACACAGAUAAGCUAUUACACUGUUUGCAAUUUUAGGGACUUUUAAAAUGAGAAGGCCCAUUUUAAUACUUUUUUUCCUUGCAUUUUGAAUAUGCAGCUUGGAUAUUUUUCAAAAUUUUAUUUUUUAUAUAGUUCUAUGUAUUGUAUUACAAAAUUUAACAUGCCAUUCUCAAAGCAUUCCUUUAAUAUGAAACAAAACAUCUUUUAUUUUAAAACUAAGCUUAUUGAAAUUGAUAUUUGUUUUGGAUGUGAAAAUUGAAUGUUGUGCCUUGAAAAUCUAAAUAGUAAAUUUUAAAGAUGUAGCUCUCCCCCACACACACAUACACACACACAAGUUGAAUACCUCUGAUCCUUUCCUAUGAAAAAUUCUUAUUGUCUAGCAGUUGAUUAAGGUGAAUUGUUGCCAGGGUAUAACUUGCAGUGUUUAACUGUAUUAUCCUUUUCAUUUAUAGAAAGGUUUAAAUUCUACAACUUGAAUCUUUUUUUUUUUUUUCCAUAAGACUUUAUAAGUUGCCACCAGUUUUCUGGUUACCAAAGGCAUGAUAAUGAAACUUGAGAACAUUUUCAAAACUGGAUGUGCCCAUCAAAGGGGUCUCUAAACCAGUUUAUACCCAAAGUUAAUUAGGGAUAGUUUUCAUACCGGUUUUAGUAAAGCUAGUGAAGUCAACCAAGUAAAUUCCACCUGAAAAGUCCAUUGAUUUUAAAUACUUUGAAUUUAUAUUUCAGUAAUGAGUGCACCAAAACAGAUCAUGAUUUGAGUUUCAUAACAUUCAGACAUUAACUAUGAAUUCCUAACGUGAAAACUAUUGUUGACAUUUUUCUUAAUCCCUGAUGUACCAUGCCAGAAUUUCCAUGUUGUUUGUACAUUAAUCAGAAUUGAGUUGUAAUAUUGUAAUGCUUCACUUGCUUCAUCCAAGCAAAACUUUACAUAAGCAUUUCCAUUGCAAAAAAAAAUUCUGUUAUUCUGGAUUAUUGUACCUUUGCUAUACCAAACAUUAUUUAUUAUGGAAGUAGACAUGAAUAAAGGGAAUGGGGACUGGGAUUAUAUUCAAGUGAAAAACUUCUUUAAAAAAGAUUUACAAAUUUCGUUACUAUUAUAAGGUCUAUUGUGACCUGUUUAGAAGUUUUUAAAUAUGAGUCCUUUUGAGCUUUCAUGUAAAUCUUAAAUGGAAUAAAAUGAAUAAAGUGACUUGAAAGCUAAAGUGAAUGUCAGUAGUAAGUCUGUAUACAAAUAAGUAAUAAUGUAAUCUAUUAUUAAAGAGAUGAUGAAUGGCUAAACGGGCAAGUUCUUAAUUUAACUGGAAACAGUGAUGUUGGCAAGCUGUUAAUGUCUGUCCCAUCUUGGUUUUUUUGUGUUUGAACUGUUGGGUAAUGUUAAUUACAUUCUCAUUUUUAAAAUGUAUUAGUUUUUCUAAAAGCAUUUAAUAUUAAGUUUGAGUAGAUAAUAUUUCAAUGAGGAAAAUAUCAAUAUUGUAAAUUUCAGUAUGUAAAUUGUGUUUCAUAUUCUGUAAUUUUUGCCUCUAUUCUCAGACCACUCUGAGCAAAAUAAAAGUGAUUUAAGAUUGUACACUUAUUACAAAAAUAACUUUACAUUCAUUAGUUAUUUUAUUUUAGGUUUUAUUCCUUAUUACUUGUUUGAAACAGGCCUACUCAUCAAAUUUCUGUUUGUAAUUCAGUUUUUGCAUGCUGAAGAGUAAUGAAAGCAAAUUGUAUUUUUAAAUUUUCUUUAUUUCACUUUCCUGCUCUCUAAUUUAUGAGGUUUUAUAUAUUCUCAAAUAAUUAUCCAUUUCCUUGAUAAAAGUUUUUAACAUUUGUGUAUCAGGUCUGGAUUAGUAACUAUACUUUUCCUUGACUGUGAGAUUACUUCUACCACAAAUAACAUGUCUUUAGAUUUUAUUACUGCACAGGAAGUAGGGUGCUUUGCAUUGCUUAUUCUGCUUAUUAUAGUUUUGUUGAUAAUUGGGGGAAAAAGAAAAAGCCAAAAGAAUAAAAAGUUCUUAUGUUAAGGUGUUUUAAUCUGCUUAGAAAUUAGUGUUAAAUUGAGCCAUUUGUGGAAAUUACAUUCUCUUGGUUGCCUGAUGAAUGAUAACUGGUUGUAAUAAGAUGUAAAAAUUAUUUCUGAAAUUCUUAGGUCAUCUGAGAUCUGCCUAAAUAUUUCCCAGCCCUGUGUUUCCUUGUGCCUUCUCAAAUACCUUAACUGCUCUACUUCAUUUGGAUAUGCUAGCUCUAAUUUCGUUAGUUCUAAUUUCUCUUGCUUUUAGUGUUAUUUGCAAAACCUGUCUGACUACACAGCUAUCUUACUCAAAGUGACAAGAGAGGCCAGGAAGUGAUCCCUUUAAUGGAUGUAUAGUGUGUUUUGCUCACUGUGGUUUAAGAAUAUACUUUUGUUUAUAAAUGAAUAAUGUUCCUUGUUAAAAAAAAAAAAUUCAAUGCCAAUGCCAAUGUGAGUCACCUUGCUCUCACCCUCAUCUCAGUGUGAAAUUUACUACCAUUGUUUUAGUUUGUAAAUUAGAUUGUUUUGAAUAAAUAAUGUGUUGAAUGACUAUUUAGUUAGCAUUAUUUUAAAGAAAACCUGAUAACCAAUUGGGGUAAGGAUGCCAUUGAUGCUAUCCAAAUUUAUGAAUUUGCCGUGGUAUCACAGUGAAUUCUAAAUAACAAGCAGCUUGUUUGGAAAUGUCUAUUUUGUGAAUCUUUGGAACAAAGCUGAUUUUUCUUUGUAAUGGGGUUUAUUUCUAAUAUUCAGUAAGUUGCCUAGAGCAACAAUUGUAUAUGUGUUUAAUUAUAGAGUAGUAAAUAUGUUAUAGUUGAAAUGAGGUAAGUACCAUGUCCAGAGGUAGAAAGGUAAAAAUAGGAAAUGUGGUAGCAAGGAACUUUUUGUAAACAUCUACAAUAAACAGAAUGGUUUUUGUAUGAUGUUCUAGUCACUAUAAGAAGAAACUACAUAUCUGUUAACACGUAUUUAAACACUUUUUUUGCCCACCUUAGAGUCUUUUUAAUUAAAUAUAUUAACAUGGAAACCUAUAAAAGUGCUCUAACAAAUACACCUUAGAGCAUUUUACUUAACAGUUGAAUUUACCGUGAGUUUAAUAUACUAAUGCUAACAAAUUUGCUUAGAUAAGUUUCUAACAGAAACACUCAUAAUUUGAGUUGUUAAUAAUGGGUUGAUUUUACAUUAUCUGAAAAUGCAGGUACUUCUCUGUGUAUUGAGAUUUUACUUAGUGGUCACUUUAGUCUGUAGAGUGGUAGAUUUCAUUUGUCUUUUUUAGGUAAAGCAAGUAAUUGUGUGACUUUGACAAUGCAGAUUUGACCAGAUACUAUUCUGAAAACAUGGGCUUUGAAUGUAUUUUUCACUUUGAAGCUUCUUUUUGAUAUCUUUGUUUAUGUAGAUGUUUACUUAGAUAUUUGAGACUAUAAUAUGAAAUUGGAUUAUUGGAAAUGGGUUAUGUUGCCUUCAAAUUUGCCUCCUUUUGAGAUUGUAAAAUUUGUAUUUCCAAGUGGAUAAAUGUAAAAGUGUUUAGGAAUAGAAACAAAUACUUAAAUUAUCCCCCAAAUUUUAUGUGCGUAUGGUGAAAAUUAGAGAUUUAUUAAUAGUAAAGACUUAAAUCUGUAAGUAUAAUCAUGCAAAAGAUGAGUGCUUAAUUCUGGAUAAAAAUGUGUAUUGUAACUUAAACGGAUUCUCUAUAUUAAAAGUAAUAAAAAUUUCCAUUUGGAGUAAUACUGAUUGAUAUAAAAUUGCAGUACAUGCCUCCUCCUUCCACUUCUGAGUACUUGGGAGUGAAUCUAGAGGUACUCUACCACUGAGCUACAUCCCCUUACCUUUUUAUUUUUCACUCUUGAGAUAGGGUUUCAACCAAGUUGACAGGUGUAGUAUAAGUUGUCCUUAUACUACACCUGUCAUAGAAGGGUUGAAUAUUUUUGUUUUGCUCACUAUGAUUUCAAAAUAUUUUUUCCUCUUAAUGACCUGCUGUGGGCUUAUUUUUAUUGUUGUUUUUCUUCUUCAUCCUUUUCAGCAAAAUUAAAAAAAAAAAUAGGGAGGCUGGGUUUGUGGCUCAGUGGCAAAGCACUUGCUUAGCCUGUGUGAGGCACUGGGUUCAAUUCUCAGUACUGCAUAUAAAUAAAUAAAAUAAAGGUCCAUUGACAACUAAAAAAAAAUUAAAAUAGGGAGAUAGUAUACUUUUGCAGUGAGAUUUAUGAAUUUCCUAAUAAUACUUUUUUUUUUUUUAAAUACAUAUACAUUGCAGGGCUGGGGGUGUUGCUCAUUGGUAAGGUGCAUGCUUAGCAUGCAUGAGGUCUUGGGUUCAAUCUCCACCCCAUCCAGCCCCCAAUACUUUGCAAGUAAUAAAAAUAAAACUUUUGAUAGUAGACAUUUUAUAUUUUUUUCUAUGAAAUAAUUCCACUAAAUAAGCUUCAUCAGCAUAAGAUGAAGGAACAUUAAAACGGUAACAUUGGAAAUGACUUACGUGUAUCUAAAAAAUUAUAGGCAUAUAGACACUAUUUAGGAGAAAAAGACCACAAUUAUAACAUCUGGUUUUUCCUUUUAGUUUUAAAAUAAGUUGUUAUUGCUGGGCAGUAUGAAUACAUACAUAUGUGUGUUGAUGUUCUUAAGAUACUUCCUAGUUAGGGGGAGAAAGAACAUAAAAGAUAAAGACAUAAAGAUAAAUUUAUAGUUGUGACAGAAAUUAAUUGUAGAGCAAAAGUAUUUUAAAAUUACUUUUACUUAGUACUGAACAUUGUGCCCUUUGGACGCUUAAAUCACUUAAAACUUUGUUGUUUCUGGGAACACUUCCAAAUUAAAUGAAUGUUUCUUUUGUGAACUCUACAUGCCGUUUGCUUACAUAUGUAUUCUUGAGACUUUGGUUUAUCAAUUUUAUUGUUUUUUUUUUUUUUUUCUUUAUGUGGGUUUACAAUGAAGUUUAUCAUUGUAGAUUCCGAUUCCUAUUUAGCUUGUUUUUGGUUAGUUUAUGCUUCUAUAUUAGAUAUUUUGAAAUAGGUGGAAUAGAGUGAAAGUAAAGUAAAUGUGUCAAGUUUGUAUUAUGUCUAAAAGAUUUGUAUGUGGAUGUCAUAUUUAUUUAAUGUCCAUAUUGAACUAUUUAUAAAUUUUGUAACAUGGAACACCAUUUGAUUUAUAACAAUUACAGAAGUUCCUGUAUGCUGUCAAAUAGUUGAUUUGUAAAAUUUAUUGCAUUUUAUAUCCAGUUUAGCAUUGUUAAAUGAAUUAAUAUAGAAUUGAUAUGUGGGUGAAUGAAAUCUACAUUAAAAUCAUCCAAACAUUUUUCCAUUUAUUUUUGUAGUAUACAUAUUUUAGAAAAUGACUUAUGACUGUUUUCCAUCAUCAUAGAAACAGUAGCUGCUAUAUUUUAAUUUGUCUUAGUCAUUAAAUUUCAAAGGCAAUAAUAUCUAAGAAGAAUGUAAUUAAUGUCUCAUUUUUUAAUUAUCAAAUAAAUUGGGAGCAUUUCUCCACCACACAGGCGGCUACUGUUUCAUUUAAUUCUUAUUUUGUGCUAGAAUACAUAACAGUGAAGUAGAUGCACGACUUGUGUAUGUAUAGUUAAGCCAGCGUUUUUCUGUGUAUGAUGGGGAAUAGCAAAAUCUACAUCACAAAUUUUGACACAUUACAGCUGAAGGAAGAGGAACAACUUCCAAGACAAAACAGUCUUCAUGGGGGAAAAUGACGCUUGUCCAGCAGUUUGCUUCUUGUGAUUGAACUGAACCUGUAAGGAUUCAUGGAUAAACUGAACAGGAAUAGAUCUGAAUAAAGCAAAUCUGCAUAAAUGGUAACCAGUAGCUCUACUUUUAUUUUUUAUGUUGCUUAACUGUUUUAUUUGAAGGAAACCUGUGUGAUUUAAAAAGUUAAUAGCUUUUGCAACUUUAUUACUGGUUAUAUACAUUUGGCCAUUAUAAUGUGCAAGCAAUUGGAAAAAAAAGUCAAGUAUAUGCUUGUUUUUAUAGUAGUUUGUUCUUGUUAAAAAUGUUCAUAUGAUAAUGUCUGUAAACAGCACCACUUUGAUUACAAUAGAUGUAGUGUUGUAAUAAACUGUUUAAUGGGGCUGAUGUGUAAAGCUGUUCAAGUUAUUUGAUGUUUACACCUCAGGGAAAGUCUUGUGUUCAGCAAUAUCUAAAGAUAAUGUUACUAUGACAACAUUUUUACUGUCCUUUAAAAAAAAAGCAUUGCAAUAGCGGUUUUGGAUAUGCAUCAAUCUAAUCUUGCGUUCAGUGAAUUAAACAUAACUAAUUAAGUGUCUCUUGCCCUUGAUUUUGAUAUUAGAAUAGGUGAUUACAUGGAUAUUUAAUAUUUCUAUAUUCUGCUUUUCUAGCUGUUUUUACCUAGUUAGCUUGUGACUUUGCUGAAUGGUAUGUAAACUUGUAAAAACUGAAAUUUGACAGACACAGCAAUUCCCAUCAAUGCAUUAGGGGUCAAAGAAUGUUGAGGUUUUAACAUUUUAGAAAAGUCUCACACAUAUUUGCUACAGUAGUGCAGUUUAAUUACAACACAGGUGUACUGAAACACUUAAUUGUGAACUACUAGCAUUGAAGUGAGAUUUUGAAUUCUGAUUUGAUGCUAUAGUGAUUUACUGAUUUUUAUUGAUGAUGCUUAUGGUUUAACUUUGAAGCCAUAGGCAGUGUAAAUACAGUCAUGCAGCAGAUAAAUGUAGGAAGAGCCUUGGUUUUAUUUUCCAGUUGGUACCAGUUUCUGAAGGAUGUGAAGUUGUAUUAACAUUGGAUUGUUUUCUCCAGUGUAAUGGGAGAUUAUAGAUGUACGUGUCUCUACAGUUGAGAAAUUCUAUAUAUAUUUUUGUGCAGCCUGUUGAUUUCAUGCUAGAGUUAAUCAAAGAUUCCCCCCGCCCCCCCAAAAAAAAAAAACCUGCCUAUAUGAAGGCCUACAUGAAAAGCAUCUGGCUUACACAUGUUCUUAAUUGUAGGAUUAGCAGAGACCAGGUCAUCAACUGGAUAUUUUUAUGGAAAGAUAAUUCUGAAUCACUAUUUCAGAAAUUUGAGUUAAAAUUCUUAAACAGGCUAAUUUGUUUUUUUAAUAUAUUUUUAAGAUCUGAUAAUCUUUGAGAGAGACCUUUGGAGUAGUACACAUUGGUUUUUAAAGUAUGGCCAAAUUUUAGGACAAUGCUUAAACGUAUUUAGGUACCAUAGCUAUUACCUAAUGUGCAACCAUACAAGCCCUCUAGAAAUUUGCAUUGCCUUUCUUCAGUUUUGUCUUGUCUGCUUUCAAACUACUCACAAAAUUAGCUGUUUCAAAUUAUAUUUUUACUAGUUUUAUAUUUUGUGAGUGGAGUAUUUGUGUAAGGGAUCAUUGGUGUUUACCAGAACUGUUUGCUCUCAAAAAUGAUUUUUAAAGUAUUUUAUCUUGUUGAAAAUGUAGUUGCCUUUUUAACAUUAUUUGAAAGUUGUAUCAAAAUCUGUUUUUUUGUUUUAUGUAUAGGUGUUGUAAGUUUUUGUCAUUUCUUAAGCUUUUUUAUAUUUUAAUUACAAUGCCCUAAUGUGAAGAAGUUUGGACUUACAUAUAUUACAAGGGAAAUUAGUUUAUAGUAAGAUUAAAAGGUAAGUAAAAUGUCCACGAGAAUAAAAUUUUCUCUGAAUAGUUUAAAAAUGAAAUCACAAAAAUCUCUACUUGAAGUGAAACUGGAAGUUUUGUACUAAUUUAAUCCUUCAUCUACCUUUUCAUUUUUUUAUCAGUGGAACCUUUUAAUUGUUCCUUCUAUAUUAUUCUUCUCCCUGCUUGGCUUACUUCAUUACAUGACUUUUGUUGCAGACAGUGUGAGUGUACUAGAUUUGUUUGCUUCUAUCUAGUCUAUCGUUUUAAGUGUUGUCAGGAGGACUUUUGGUUUGACCAAGUAGUUUUGCAAAGUCUUUCUCCACCUGGAAACAUACGAAUGUAUAGCAGUAAAGCUAAAAAUUGCAAACCUUGUUUUAUUUGUCAUACCCCUUCUGUUGUUUAUGAAUUGAUGUUAUUUGAAAGCUUUUUUUUAAUGUUAAAAACAAUCCAAAGAGAGAAAUCUUUACAAAGACGCCAAAAAAAAAAAAGUGAGUGUCUCAGAGACCUUUUUUUUUUCUUAAUUUAUAAUAACUAGUGGACAUGAAAACAAAACUUGAGUUGAAUUUUGAGCCAUAGCAUUUGUUUAUGCUAUGCAGUCACAUUCCUUUUCAGCUAGUGGUAAAAUUAUGGACGAGUGAUAACAGCACCCGAAUGGUAUUGCUUCUGAAGCAACACUUUGAAUUGAAUGUGUUUGCUUUUGGCUAACGGAAAUAUGUUGUGGAAAGGAUAUUCCAAUGUGAAUCUACAUGUAUUUAUUUUAUUUUGUUAGUUUUGUUAAGAUUUGAAAUAACUUGCCAUGGCUGUUGAUCAUAGGUUAACCAAUUUAAUGACCCCUUUACCGGAAUAUUCUUAAGCAGUUAACUACAAUUUGAAUUUCACAAAUUACUUGUAGCUUAAGGUAUUAUUUUCAUUUGAUUCUCCUAUGGAGAAUGUUGCUUUACUUUUUUACUAGUUUAAGGUCAGUUCUAAAAAUAAACAUGGAGGUUUUAAUGAAUGUUGUAUAAUAUUUUAUAGUGAAGGGGAAAAUUGUUGAAAGGGUAAAGACUUUAUCUUUCCCUUAAUGUAUUUAAAUGUGCCAAUAACCUAACUACACACUGUUUUAUAUAAUGACAUGCUACUAUAAAACUUUUCUGUUGGAGUGCUCAACAUUUUGGUUUUCUAAAUGGUCAUUGCAUUUUCUGUAUCUUACAAGGUGGCUCCGAUUUUGUGUUUCAAGCUUCAGCUUAAUUUAUUUUAAGAGGAAGUUUAUGUUCUAAUUCUUUAUUGAGAAUAUAGUAUUGAGAUUCUCACUGUUUUAUGGGUAAUUGUUUUUUAAAUUUUAUUCAUUGAGUUCAUUUGCAUCCCAUAGUCUCUGUAAAUGUUUUCCCCUGUUGUAUGUACUUAAAUGCACGCUUAUCCAUUGUACAUAUUAGUCAUUUUUUGUGGUAAUAUAUAAGUGGGAUUUUUGUAGCAAAGCGUUCUAUUUUUCUGUUCUUAAAGUGUGUGUGCGUGUGUGGUGAUUUUUUGUUUGUUUUUUUGUUUGUUUUUUUAACAUUAACCUUCAGUUUAAACAUUGUUGUACUUAUUUUUUAGCAACUUGACUCUUAGAAGCCUUAGACUAGUUUUUAAAUAUAUAUUCAACCAAAAAUUAUAAAUUUAUUAAGAUGUGGCCUUACAUAUGGCAUUCUUUGUAUUAUAAUAUGAGAUGUUUUAUUUAGAGAAAUCAAGAUUCAGGCUUAAAAUUUUGUCUUAAGUUGAAAUGGAAAAUGUGUUAAAAUGUCUAGGCUUCUGGGAGGAAGUUCUUAUAAUCUUCUUUCUUGGCAUUAGAAAGAAGCAAUAUGAAUUUUUAUGAAUAUUCAAAAUAUUCAGGCAAUUGUAUUGUCAGAUUGAUUUAGAUUUGUGUUAACCAAUGUUUCUUUAAAAUUUCAGGUUGUUGGCAUUCAGUAUCUGAGUAUAUAGGUAUAUGAUUUUUGUAUGGGAUGUAUAAAUAAACACUUGGUUACCUACAGAUAGAUUUCAAUGUUUAAAGACUUCCUGCUGCAUUAAUUAACAUUGUAUGGGAGGCUUUAAAAAUAUUAGGUAAAUUUAAUUGAAGUCAUACAAAUCUUGAUAUGGUAUUUCUGGAUAGUGAACACUACCAGUUUUUCAUGUGGGAGUAUCCUAAAACUCCACCAUGGGUGUAAAUGUUUUACAUUAAUUUCCUAAUUGGACAGACCCUGCAUUUAGUUUUAAAAAAAUUCAUUUUGAAGGUGUGUUUUUUGUCACACUGUUAUUGCGUAACACUUCUCAGCAUUCUGUAAGUUAAAUUAUUUCAAAAUAUAAUGGUAAAUUCAUGUUUGUUUAUUUUUUUACUUUGAAAAUGUAGUACUCAGGUGGUAUUUAAUGGGAAAUGAUCCUUUGAGGUAAAUCAUAAUGUAUUCUAAGGAAUGCAUCUAUAAUAUUGAUGACUUUAGCCUUAAAAAAAGGUCUGUUAUUCCUUCUUCCUCUGCAUCCCAUGGUGUAUUAGCAAAGUAGUUUACAGCCCGGUACAGCCUUACAAAGUUGUUUUACAAUUUUUAAUGGAAAGUCCUUAAAAAACAAACAGACAAAAAAAAAUUGUAUCAUAUUACCAGUAUCCGUGGAUUACUGAAUCACAGUUUGUAAAUAAUUUGUCUAAUAUCAGAAGGCCAAAGAAAGUCUUAAAAUUUUAGCUAUUGACUAUGGUGACUUCACAAUAAGAUUUCUGUGCAAAAGGUAAGGUGAUUUUUGAUCAAAUAGACAUCUUUUUGAUGUCCAUGAGAACUACACUUCCAUAUUAGCUUCUAUUAAAAAGCUUUUUCACAUUUUAUUAAAAUGUUUGUAAUUGCAAUUUUGUGUUUAAUGUUUAUUUUUGUCUUUUCUUUUCUUUAGCAUUUAGGUGACUGUUCAGCAGUUUGCUAUAUGGCCAUUGUUGGCCUUAAACUGCACUAGUAACAAGCAUGGUAUUUAUCUUGUAUUGAAAAUAAAACAAAAUUUUGAUAAUA